GACCGGGAUCUCCCUCCUACCGGUGAAGAUCACAAUGAUCCAUUGGUCAUCACCAUGGACAUUAAUGGGGUAGAUGUCGCCCGGGUACUUGUUGACACCGGCAGCAGUGUCAACAUCUUAUACCUGGAGACCUUCCAAAAACUCAGGUUGUGUCGAACACAACUUGAACCCCUCAAAACCCCUCUCUCAGGCUUCACGAGGGAUACCGUUGAAGCUGAAGGAUCCAUAGUUCUACCGGUCGAACUAGGAUCAGGUGAAAAGACCGUGUGGAAGAAGGUGCGGUUCAUAGUUGUGGACAUCAAAUGCGUCCACAACGCAAUCCUAGGAAGGCCAGGCAUCAAUAAAGUUGGGGCGGUGAUUUCCAUGCCUCAUCUAUGCAUGAAGUUCCACACUCCAGGUGGUGUGGGUAAGGUGAAGGGCGACCAGAGGAACGCCCGGGAGUGCUAUGCCCGGGCAGUCAAGAAAAUGACCAGGGGGGUCAAUGUCAUCUCCCAAGAGAUCACAAAAGGAGAGACCCGGGAGAAACUGGAGCCCGAGGCUGAAACGGUGGAAAUCGAACUUCACCCGAGUGAUUCUUCGAGGAUGGUCAGAAUUGGAGCAAAUCUCCCCAAGGAUCUCAAGGAGCAGAUUACACGGGUCCUCCAAGAGUACGCGGGCAUAUUCGCAUGGAGCGUGGCGGAUAUGCCCGGGAUAGAUCGCUCUGUUAUCUGCCACCGGUUGGCCGUGAGGGAAGGAAGUCGACCGGUACGCCAAAAGAAGCGGUACCUGGCCAGUGACUGGCGAGACUUCGUCAAGAAGGAAGUGAAAGACCUCCUCAGUGUUGGUCACAUCCGGGAAGUCAA